GGGAAGUCGAGGAGGAGGGGGAGGAAGAUGAAGAGAAACUGGAGAGUGUUGCAUCUGAAGUGAAAGAACAUUCUCCAAACAAGGAGCCAGCUUCUCAACCAGUUGUAGAGCUGUGGCGUUCAUCAGUUGCCCGUAAUGACGAGCAAGGCGUCGGAGUCGUGGAAUCAAAGCGACCUUCUUCAUCGAGGAAUGAUCAAGUAGAACUAGAAGUCAACGUCCAGUCAAGUAGAACAUCUGCC